UGUGUGUGUAGUACCCCUCCUCCACCCAAGCCUUGACCCUUAGUCCUUUCAACCCCCGACCCCAGUUUCCUCAGGAGACACACAAGUUCAACCACCGGUCCCUCAGACGGGGCUGGGGACUUUGUGCACAAAUCUGCAGGGCGGGGGGGGGUGUUGGAGAGAGGGGUUUCUCAGUCUCCUUUUCCAGUCCAGGAAGUCCUUCCUGGUGUCUGGCUGCAAGCCCUCUUGCUGCAUCGUGAAUCCCAGAUGUGCUAGGUCCCCAGCCCCAGGAGCUGAUGUGAAUUUACCCUCAAUCCCCUGUGCUGUGGUCCCACCACACUUCCCUGGUUGGACAAAAGAGGAGGCAGAUGGGUGGGCGCCCCACCCAUGGCCCCUGCUGUCCCCCAGGCACACCCCUGUCUGGAUCCUUCCCUGCAGCCUGCUGCCCCUUAAGCAUCUCUAAGCACAGCAUGCCUGGCCAGCAUCUCCCGUGUGGGUGUUUGCAGUUGGACACCCUCCCUCCCGCCUGCCACCGCCCUCCUCCCCAGGCCUCAGCCAACGGCCAGCCCCCUCCCCGCCCCCCCUCCUGUCCCCUGCUGCCUCCUCAGCAGCCUCUCUUCCUCCUGGCAAAGCGUCCAGCCCCUGCCUGCUCCUCCCCGGGUCCGGGUCCUGGGCGCCUCUGCAGGCGAGUCCCUCCCUCCUUCUCUCCCUCCCUCCCAACAGUGGCCACCACCUCCUCCCCUCUCUCCUGCUCCUGUCCCCUUUCACCCCAUCCCUGCCCCGACUCUGCAAACAUGAGGGUCUUGGCCUGCCUCCUCGUGGCUCUGAUGGGGAUCCAGGCUGUUGAGCGGCUGCGUCUGGCCGAUGGCCCCCAUGGGUGCGCUGGUCGCCUGGAGGUGUGGCACACUGGGCGCUGGGGGACCGUGUGUGACGACGGCUGGGACCUGCGGGAUGCUGCCGUGGCCUGCCGGGAACUGGGCUGUGGUGGGGCGCUGGCCGCCCCUGGAGGCGCCUUCUUUGGGGAGGGCGUGGGGCCUGUGUGGCUGAGCGAGCUGGCUUGCCGGGGCAGUGAGCGGCAGCUGGGCCUCUGCCCCCACCGCGGCUGGAAGGCCCACAUCUGCUCCCACGAGGAGGACGCCGGCGUCGUCUGUGCAGGUCAGCGUGUGGCCGACUCCAGGGACCAGGACAACACACCUUCCAUCCUGGAUGGGGACCCCUGGCCUGGGCUGUCUGGGGAGCUGAGCCCUGGCUCUGAGGAGCCCCCCAUGACGCAUGCCCCCCGCCCAGCCGGGACCCCCCAGAACAGCUCCCGGAAGAAGAGCCCCCGGCCGCCCAAGCAGGCCAAGUCCACUAGGGCUCCUUUGCUGACUGCUGGAGCCCCCCGCCAGGAGCGGCUGCGCCUGGUCUCCGGCCCCCAUGGGUGCUCGGGCCGCCUGGAGGUGUGGCACGGCGGACGCUGGGGGACUGUGUGUGACGACGGCUGGGACCUGCGGGACGCCGCUGUGGCCUGCCGGGAACUGGGCUGCGGGGGUGCUCUAGCUGCCCCCGGAGGGGCCCGAUUUGGCCCGGGCUCAGGGCCCGUGUGGAUGGACGACGUGGGGUGCGGAGGCGGAGAGCAGGCCUUGCGGGACUGUCCCCGAAGCCCCUGGGGCCGGAGCAACUGUGACCACACAGAGGAUGCAGGGCUGGUCUGUACCGGCCCAGCCCCUCGGCUGCGUCUGGCUGAUGGCCCCCAUGGGUGUGCUGGCCGGCUGGAGGUGUGGCACGCCGGGCGCUGGGGGACAGUGUGUGAUGACGCCUGGGACCUGCGGGAUGCCGCUGUGGCCUGCCGGGAGCUGGGCUGCGGGGGGGCACUGGCUGCCCCUGGAGGCGCCUUCUUUGGGGAGGGGGCUGGACCCAUCCUCCUGGAUGAUCUUCGCUGUCGGGGAAACGAGUCAGCCUUGCGGUUCUGUCCGGCGAGGCCCUGGGGCCAGCACGACUGUCAUCACCGGGAAGACGCCGGGGCUGUGUGUGACGGUAUGCCUCUCGGAUACGUCCCUCCCACGGCCCCCGCGGUGGGCGGCAGCAGCUCCAGGCCCCUGCCCCCUACUGCGAGCCAGGCCCCUCGGACAGCAGGCAUUUCUCCUCCGCCUGCCUCCCCUGCUGCCCCUCAGGAACCUGGGCCAGAAGCUGGGUCCCCACAGCUGCGCCUGGUGGCCGGGCCCAGCAGGUGCUCAGGCCGGCUGGAGGUGUGGCAUGCCGGGCGCUGGGGGACUGUGUGUGACGACAGCUGGGACCUGCGGGACACGGCCGUGGUCUGCCGGGAGCUGGGCUGCGGGGGGCCUCGGCAGCCAGACCCUGCUGCUGGCCGCUUUGGCUGGGGCGCCGGCCCCAUCUGGCUGGACGACGUCAGAUGCACAGGGACUGAGGCGUCCCUCACCAACUGUCCUGCUGCCCCCUGGGGGAAGCACAACUGUGCUCAUAAUGAGGACGUUGGAAUCACCUGCACUGGAACCCCCGGCCUGGACUCCAUCUCAGACCCCUUCAGUUGGAGCUGGAUCCCUGGCCUGGGUAGAGACCCGGAUGCCUGGCUCCCAGGGGAGCUGGCCACCAAGCCCCCUGCCAGACUGACCCCCAAUGUGCUGGAGAAAACCACCAAGGCCCCAGGGAAAAUGCCCAAGAGCACAAAGAAGUGGGUGACCAAGACUGCAAAGAGACCAGCCACUCAGCCUCCCGUGAUGCCGACCACUAAACACUCCAGGGUCCAGGGCACUUGGAAUCCCCUAGAACUGACCUCGCGGACCACUACCGCCCGGACCAUGGAGGCCUCUCGGAGACCAACCUCUGAGUUUACCACAAGGCUGACCACUGAGACCUCUCACACGCCGACCUCACACACUCCUGUGACUCGGACUCCCCGGGCCCCCCGGGAACGGACCUUUAAGAGUGUGGCAACACCGACCACUCAAGGCCCCCAAGAAAUGACCUCUGAGGCCACCAUGGAGCCAUCGGCCAGCAUCCCAGAAGGUUCUCCAGAGUCAUCCAAAGACCCAGCCCCCUCUCCCACAGGGGGAUCAGGCCUGUUCCGGGUUCGUCUGGCUGAUGGGCCCAACCGGUGUGCUGGCCGGCUGGAAGUGUGGCACGCUGGACGCUGGGGCACCGUAUGCGAUGACAACUGGGACCUGCGGGAUGGCACCGUGGCCUGCUGGGAGCUGGGCUGUGGGAGGGUCCGGCCCCGAGUGGGCAAAACCCACUACGGCCCCGGGACCGGGCCCAUCUGGCUGGAUGACCUGGGCUGCAAGGGAAGUGAGACCUCGCUGAGUGACUGCCCCGCAAGGCCGUGGGGACAGCAUAACUGUGACCAUGAGGAGGACGUGGGGCUCACUUGCACUGGCUACGCAGACGAGGAGGAUUACCCGCCAUGGACCUGGGACCCCACUUCGGGAGAGGACCUGGCCAAGAGGACCACCACCGCAGGGGUGCCUGGACACACUCUCUCCCGGGGCACCACCGGGCGCCCAGGGGCCCCCUCCCCAGCAACGAGGCGCCUUCCUGGCACAGGUUCCGCAAGGAAGCCGUGUCUGGAGCGCCGCCUGCAACGGCCCACUGUGGCCAGGACGGUGCCCCACGCCCCUUCCUCAGCUCCCCCCGCCUCGUCGGGGCCCCCAGGCCCUCUCCUGACUUCUGACUCCACGCCGCAGUUCAUCCCCGCUGCCGCCGUUUCAACACCGGAGGUGACCUCUGACCUUCGUGCCACCUUGCCACCCAGCCCAGAAUCGGCCUCCUGGGUGAACUCUCACCACACCUUGACAACCCCUGGCCUUACCUUGUCCACCCCUGAUGCCACCGUAGUUCCAGCGCUGACCUCUGGGCUUCCACCCACCCUCCCGCCCACUCCUCCCAAAGAACUGACCUCUGACCCCUCUGUACCGGCAGCGGUGACCCGCCUUUCUCCUACCUCAGAGCUAUCACCGGAAUCUCACACAACCCCAGGCUGGGACACAAGGCCAUACCCUAGCACAGUCCCAGAACCUCCCAGUUCCCCAGACCCCUCCACAAGCCCUGACCCCACUGCCACCAUAACCUCUCACGCUGCCACUACCUCUUACCCCACUGCCACUCUUUACCCCACUACGACCUCUCACCCCACCACGACCUCUCACCCCACCAUGACCCAUUACCCCACCAUGACCUCUCACCCCACCACAACCCCUUACCCCACCACGACCUCUCACCCCACCACAACUGCUUACUCCACCACACUCUCUCACCCCACCACAACCCCUCAGCCCACCACGACGUCUCGCCCUGCCACAACCCCUCACUCCACCACAACCCCUCAACCCACCACAACCCCUUACCCUGCCACAGCCCCUCACCUUGCCACCACUACUUACCCCACCAUGACUCCUGACCCCACCUCAACCCCUGUGGUCACUACCAAGUCCCUUCUAACUUCCCUGGGGACAGAACUUCCCUCUCCCUCUCCGGCACCAACAGUCAAGCCCAGCCUGCACCCCCGAUUGACCUUCACAUCCGAGAUGUGGAGCCCAGAGCCCCCUCCAGCGUCAGAGUCCAGCCGCUCCAGGCCCUCUCCAGUCCCAAGCAUGGACACACUGUCCACUGAGAACUUCACUCAACCUAGAAACCAGAGCCCCAAACUAACGUCUCCACCUACUCAUACUCCACACUCAGCCUCUGACCUCACUGUGACCCCUGACCCGCACCUGCCCCCUAUUGCUCACCCCUUGGAUCAACCUCCUCCUGACCACCUCACCCUAGGGCCAACUCCUGGCCAGAGCCCAGGCCCCCUUGGCCCAUGUGUGGCCCCAGUGCCACCUGUAAGGGUCAUGGCUUGUGAGCCACCUGCCUUGGUAGAGCUGGUGGCUGCUGUGAGGGAUGUGGGUGGCCAGCUGCAGAGGCUGACCCAGGCCCUGGAGCGGGACCAGCGGGAGCGCCAAGCCCUGGGACUGGGGUUGGCCCAGCUGGUGGAGGCUGCCCAGGGCCUGGGUCAUCUGAGUGAGGUUGUGAAGAGACUGGCAGAGGUGGCCUGGCCCCCCACCACAUCUGCACCAACCACUACCACUCCAGAGGAGGAGGAGAGGCCUCUAAGGGGAGAUGUGUGACCCUACCUGAGAUUUGAGAGACUUAAGACACUCCCAAACCAACAAAGGAAAACCAAAGUAUCUAAUUAAAAACAAAACAUGAAUGAUGUUUCUGGAGGACUGGG